UAAAAAAAAAAAAAUAAAUAAAAGCUGACGGCGAAAAAAGUGUGUAAAGAAAUUGGAAUUAAAAUACAAACAACAACGGCAGCAGCAGUGUAAGAAAGCACAAAAGCCAGAUCGAAUGCCGAAUGUAACAAAUAAAGUGUGAAUCAUACAAAUUCUGAAACUAAAAAGGCAAGAAAACAAAAACGCGUUUAGACCACGAAACAAAUUUCGGAGUUAAUACGAAACCACCACACCACACACAUACACCACCAUCAUUCAACAGUUUUGUGGGCGCUGUGGAGCAUUUCGUGCUAAGGAGGGGCCUUUUGUGAAUUGACUAUUCCCUAACUGCCCCCUUUUUCAAGUUGUUUACAUUGUGCACUUGCCGCGGCUGUCUGUUGGCUAUGGUUAAGCCUCUACUCUUAUCUUUGCGCAACGCAUUUAUUUAAUUUUGCAACAUUCAACCAUUCUGGUUCUUCGGGCCUUUACCGCUGGAAACAACUAUAAACCUACAACGUGGGACACGGUGGUGACAGCUGCUUACGUGGAUUAUUGAUAAUUUUGGUUGCAACCUGUCGUUCUGAGCAAAAGACGAGAACGGAUUCAAGAGAGAACCUGCAUUGAUUGUUGUUUUUGCCAUAUUUAUUUCCAAUAUGGUCGAUGCCACGAAAUGUAGCGGUGUAACCGCGAUUGUUGAAUACGAUUAUACGGCCAAGGAGCCCGACGAACUUGAUCUGGUUAAAGAUGCCAUCAUACACAGUAUUAAACAAAUGCCCGGUGGCUGGUGGGAGGGAACUUUGCAAGCAUCUGGCAAGACUGGCAUGUUUCCCGAUAACUUUGUGCGUGUUGUCGAUAUGAGCGAGGAUAAUUCGGUGGUAUUAAGAGACAAAACAUCAACCAGUAAUCGGCGCUGCAAAGUUGUUUACAGCUAUACGCAAGUCAAUGAUGAUGAACUAUCGCUGAAUGUGGGUGAUGUCAUUGAAUUCCUAGGGGAGGUUGAGGAAGGCUGGUGGCGUGGACGUCUAAAAAAUAAAAUCGGUGUUUUUCCUUCGAAUUUUGUUAAAGUCAUAGAACCGUCACCGGUAUUUGCCAGCAAACGGCCACCAUCUUUGGCAAAGCCAACGGCCGCCAGUGGGACACUGUUGGCGGCAUCAUCGUCUAUAGUGAACACGGCAUCAUCGUCGACAUCAUCAUCCUCCAUAACGACAACAACGAAGAAAUUAAAUCGUCUUAGUUUUCAUAAUUCCAAAGAAGAUUUACUCAAUUCGACGACUGGUUCGCACUCGUCGGCCAAUAUUUCGGCGAAUUCUUCUUCAUCCCUGCUGGCGGGGGGCGGGGAUGAUGUGGCCCCCAGCUUACCACCCAAACCGCAUAGAGAAUUUUGUCGUGUUGAGUUUCCCUACGCUCCACAGAAUGAGGACGAACUCGAGCUCAAGGUGGGCGACAUCAUCACCAUACACAGCACGGAAUUGCCCGAUAAGGGCUGGUGGAAAGGUGAACUGAGAGGCAAAGUUGGCGUUUUUCCCGAUAACUUUGUCAAGCUUAUGGCACCCACAGAAGAAUUCAGUUUGGAAAAGGCUUCUAUUGAAAUGUUUGGCACUCGUAUGGCCAACUUUUUCAAUAACUUUUUUUCGCCUUUAAAUGAUACCCAACAAUCACAACCUCAACAGAGCCACCGAACUGCCAAAAUAUCCAAUCUUACGGCUCAAUCUACCACCACUACCACCUCCAGUAAUAAUUUAGGAAUAUCGGGUACUACAACAUCCACGGUCAAGACGCUUGUCAAAAAAUCUGGCAGCUCAUCAUCGACCCAAUCAUCGAAUCGCAAGGAUAGUUUUGGUUCUCGCGAUUCGCUGAACGACAUUCUGUCGGAGACCGGUUUGCCCACCGGCAAUGUAGCCGCUCAACGCAAAUCUUUGGAGAAUAAGAAUUUGGAUUUGACCAAUACAUCCGAUGUUGCCUCACGCUUGGCCCUUAAAAAGCAACAAAUGCAUGUGCAACAGCAACAACAACAUCAGGAGACUAAAGUCAUUACAAACAUAACAUCGUCGAACAGUAGUAGUAGCAGUAAUACGAAUACCACAACCACUACCUCGACCGCUGCAAUGAGUUCCACCUCAAGUGAAUUGCGCAAGAGCAUGGAGAACAUGGACGAUAAGACGAAGACAACACCGCCACCAGUACUUAAUAAGAAACCGACGGUACCCGUUAAGAAAACCACUACGGUGACAAGCAUCACAGGCAACAUUUUAUCUGGCAUCAAACAAAAAGUCAAAAGCGUAGAAAACAAACUGACCACAGCGGCAUCACAUGACUAUGCCGAUGGCGUGGGUAGUAGUAAACUAUCUCCGGGAGUUGUGGCCUCCGACAAUAGUGGUGUGGUAAUGCGGCGAGCAGCCACCAUAGCUGCUGAUUCAGAUUUUGAUCGCGUUGAACGCGGCUCAAUACUGCCCGACAUGCGCGCUGGACGCGUUAAGGCUCCCAAACGAAGACCGCCAUCGGCAGCCAUAAGUACGAUGGGCGAAAGCAACAACAACUCACUGUAUGUGAAUGGCAAUGGCAGUGAUACAACACAGAGUGGCGAUGAUCAAUUGAAAUCCGAUGACAAUUCGACGGGAGAAGAGCAAUUGGCCAAGCCAAAACCUCGCGAAUGGGAAAAGAAGAAGGCACCCUGGAUGGAGGAGCUGAAAGCAUCGCAAGUGAAGAAGAAGACAUCGCCCAAUGUGGAUGCGGGGGCGUCGGCUUCGGCCAGCACAGGGGUAACAUUGGCCGAUCGAACCUCAAAACUGUUUGCCGAUGAUGGCAAGAUAUCAAAUCAAGCUGUCUCAAGUACGAACUUGUCAUCCUCGUCGGCAACAACGACAACAAAAGUGCAAUCUUCAUCGAUUUCCAGUACCAGCGUCAUGCAACAAUCCAUGGUAGUGGAGAGUAGUAGUAGCACCAACACCAGCACCAUUAGCAGUAGUAAUCUUACCAACAAAACACUCACCGAUGCCAUGACUAAGAGUUUAAGUGCUAAAAUGGCCAAUGACGCAGCCUCAGCAAUGAAUAACAAUGCCUCCUCCAAUACCACCACCAGCUCAACUUCUAAUACCAACUUAGAUGAUGUUCGGAUUCGGCCCAAUAGCCUAUCGAUACGCAAUCGCAGUGUCUCACCAUCGCUGGCAGCGACACGUAAUGCCUUAAAGACCAACCCCAACACCACCACCACUUCUGCUUCGCCCGCAGAAUCGUCGUCAUCCGCCAGUAAUUCACACCAUACUAGCAUCUCCAAGAGCAACAAUCCCUCGGCCAUGGUUAAUAAUCAUCAUCAUCAACAUCUGCAUCAAAUGGAUAAUGGCACUGCAGCACCUAAGCAGGAUGCAAGCAACAGUAGCAGCAAACGUGUCAACGAUCUAGAAUCACGUGUAGAGAAAUUGGAAAUGUUGGUCCAUUCCCAGCAGCGUACAAUAGACGAACUCGUACGCACUCUUCGCGAAGAAAGCGAUCGCAACAAGAUUCUACGCGCCGAGUUGGAUAAAUAUGCACAGUGCGUGACACAAGUAUAAAGUAGUAGUGAAGAAACGAAUCCAUUUCCAAGUUUAAGACAUUUUGUUGUUGUUUGGCACUUGAGUUUUGUGGACUUUUUUUUUUGUAUGUAUUUUUGUAGUAUUUCUUUUUUUUUUCGAUAAUUUAUAUAUAUAUACAUCAAUUUCUUUUUAAUUUGUUUCGCGCCAGUGUAAAAGUCCCCUGCCCUAUGUCUUCACCGAUCACACAUAGCCCCUUCUUCGUAAUUAAGAUUUAAUCAUUUUCAAUUUGUAUUUUCCUCUUAUGUUGGGGGGGGGGGUGUUAGUGGGGAGACCGGAGCAGCCAUUAUAGCUAGGGCAGUGUGCCGGUCGCCUUGUCCCUCCUUCCAGUAUCGCAUACUAAAGUAUUUUGUUUGUACACAUAUACACAUACAUGCAUAUAUAAUAAGAUAAACAUGCCAAUAUGCCACCAUUCCAACAUACACACGAUAAAUACGAGUAUUUUAAAAUUUACUACACAUUUAAUAAAAUAAAAACUCAUUUCGUAAUAAUAUGAACAAAGAUAAAGUGAAUAAUAUGUUUAAAAGCACGAGAGUGGUGUGAUACAGCGUUGCACUGAUUUCUUUGUGCAAACUUUUAACCUUUCAAUAAUGUGUUUUGGAAGAGAUAAUUCUUAAAAAUACUACAAUUGCAAUAGGAAGAAAAAAUGUAAAUGAUUCAAACAUUCCACCCUUUAUACCCAGGCACAAAGGAUAUUUGUGUAUUAAUGUCGUUAUUUCGUUUGUAACACCCCCAAAUAUAUUAAUAUAGACUGAA